AUGCCUUCUUUCUUUCCAACCAGUUCCAUACUACCUACAGUCGACCAAGAAGACAAUGAUAGUAACCAUGAAGCAGAAAAACGUUGGCUCACUUGGUCAAAUGCCCUUUUGAAGACAUGUCGAUCUUCUAUAUCAGGGUCAAUUGACGAGAUCCAGCACUUUGAUUUCAAACGCUACACGUACCCACUCAGUAAACGAGAGUACGAUACAUUAUACAACAUCAGUCGGCCUCCAAAGGCCACUAGAAUCUAUCGACGUUGUACAGUCUCUCCCAGUGCUACUGUUCCAUCAAAUAAGGCUCAGCAGACCUUAAAGUCUUCUUUUGGACUUACCCCGCAGAUAAAAAAUUACAAGGAGUUAAAAUUAUGUGAUUCUGUUGGUAAACGAGCAUCUCAACCUUUACAGUCCAUCAAUGAAACAAAUUGCGAACUGGGAGCUCAUCAAGAAUAUCGGCACUCCUUGGAUAUCACCCUUUCUUCUGGUCUUCUUCGUGCCUCUACUGUAUCCGAUGCGGCUCAUUCCCGGCAAGAGGCUCCUUCUGCUGUGCUUACUCCACCAGAGCCUAUACAGCUCCCUACACUAAUACCUAUGCUGCGUCAUCACACAAUAUCAAGCAUGUCAUCUCUCUCUAUAUAUAGCGCUGUUGAACAAAACGACCUCCAGUCUCGCCACAUAUCAGCCAUAUGGGUAGACUCAUUUGGAAAAUUCCACAAAAAUCACUUUCAAGUAGGACAAAAUGAAACUAAAACACAAGAGCCGGAAUCUGUGCGAAUGCCAUUUGGUCUAUGUAUAUUGCCUUGUUCGACCGACAGCCUAUUAUUUCUAUUUGGAUUUAUUUUCUUUCCACUCUGGUGGAUUGGAGCUUGGCGAUACUUCAAGUACCCUUCUCGUGAGAUAAAUCCAAGCGAAACCAAAUCUAUAUUACCUUUAUCAUCUCGAGGAAUUAGACAGUUGAACUGUUGGAUGAGUGUGUCAAGCAUACUCAUCACUGCUAUAUUGGUAGGGUUGCUGGUCUGGCUUAGCAAAGAUGAAGAUUGGCUGUAA